UCUACCCAUCCAUUCUAAAGAUUAGUCCAUGGCCGAGAUACUACCUCUUGAUAGUGUCCACUCAAAACCUGGCAUGCACUCUAUUUCUACUUCCUUGCCAUUAAACCAGUCUGACAUUCAUUCCCUGUCUUCUGCUUCAUACACCAGCCAUUCAUUAUCAGCCGUCUGUGAACACCCUGUAGCUGCUGCUGCUGAAGAUGAUGCCAUACAUAUCACUCAUCUGCCAUCACAACCUCAGCUUGCAUGUGCUGAUGCUACAUCUACUCCAACACAACUGAACGCAUCACCCAACCUUAUUCUCUCAACGAGUCUGGCUAAACUUGUCGUCUACUUGGAAUCUUGUAUCCCACAAGGUCCUCAUCUCCCACCUUCGUUUGGCACUCUCAUGGCUACUUUCCAUCGAUAUCUGACCAGCAUCAAUCAUGCUGAAUCCCGCCUUGCUCGCUCCAAAAUAAUGUCCAGUAUCGAAACCCGUUUUGGCAUCCCUGCAGCUGUAUCCACUUUUUUAAUGGCCAUUGCUGGGUCAAUUGCUGGUCAAAAAAUACUGGCCAAAUAUCCUCAUCAGGUAGCCACAUGUGUCGGUGUCAUCUACCCUGCUUGGUGUAGCAUUCGCGCCAUUGAACAUCCUCGUGAGGAUGACGACGAGCGAUGGCUAACCUACUGGUCCGUCUAUGGUGUAUUGACGCUUUUUGACCAUAUGGCAACUUACAUUCAAAAAAAGCUGCGUAUCUACUACAUCCCAAAAAUCGUACUCAUGAUCUGGUUGGCCAAAUAUAAUGGGUCAUUGGUAGUAUAUAGAAAAUUACUUCGUCCAUUCAUGUUUUCUAUACAAAAAGUGUUGGUGCAACGUCGAUGGAUUGAAACUCCAUAUAAUGUCACCCAAGAACCCCAACCCUAUAUUUUAAAGGAUUAA